AUCUCAACCCGUAGGAUCCAAAAUGAUGUCUCUCAUCCUCGCACAAAAAAAAAAUUAACACGCCUAUGCAAUUUUGUAGCGGCUUAUAUCAACCUUCAUUGAAUCUCUGCGUAUUAGUCUCCUCCUACUUCGGUAGCAAUUUGUUACCACCAUCUUCCAUCACCUUCACCUUUAUUCAAUCUUUUUCUUCACGAGCCAUUCACCAUUUAACUUGAAGGUAGCAAAAAAGCGACUGCGUUGCUCCUUCUCUCACCCCUCUCUUUCUUUCUUCCUUCAAGAAACUUCAGAAAUCUUUUGAACAAUGGGUUCAAAAACUGCAGGCAAAGACAUAAUCACUCUCCGUGGAUCCUCUGCCAUUGUGCGCGAUUUUUUUGGUUAUGCAGCAAACAGUAUUCUGCACCUUAACGGUGUUUAUCCUGAAGAAACUUUUAAAAGAGUGAAGAAACAUGAACAUCAAUUGUUCCUUUCUACGAAUGUGGGUGUUCAGUUAUAUUUAUCAACGUUUGAUAAGCAGAUUUCCGAAUGGCUGGAAGCUGGGAGGUUGCGCAAGAUUGAACUUCUGAUUAUGACUAAGGCCACCAAUGAAGUACUUCAGAGUUGGAAGUUCAGUAUAGAGACUGAUGGUGAAGCUGCUGCAAAAGGUUUAAGGGAGAAGAGUGAUAAAGAAAUCAUGAAUGAGAUUAGAGGUGUUCUGAGACAUAUUUCAGCCACCUUCACAUUCUUGCCUCCCCUUAAUGAACCAUGCAUCUAUCAUGCGGUGGCACAUAUUGAUAAGGAUGUUGUUGAAGUACCACUCGAAUGGGAAAAGAAUGUUUCUAAAAGAAUAGCAAAUCCUGAUGUGGAGAUCUUGCGUGGUUUCAGUACUGAAAUACAUAAGGUUGCCUCUUUGGUUUUUUUCAAGAAGCGAAAAUCGGAUGACACUAUGGUUCCUAAGAAGAAAUCAAAAUUGGAUGACUAGUAAAAGGUGGGAUCUUAUUUUUGCUGUUUUUUCUUAUUACAGUUGAUGUGAAUGCAUUUAGAGGAACAAACUAUGAACACAUAAACUUGUAUUUUUGACUUUCUUAUGGCUGAAACAUUGAAAGAUAACACUCUGAAAAUGAAGAAUUUGCUUCAGUAAUACAUUGCUUUUUAGAAAA